UGCACCACUGGCUACCAGCAUCAGUCCAUCUUCAUUACUCAUUAAAAGUAGAACAAGGAUAAACUGAUGCUGAUAGCGCUAAUAGCGUCUCUCCGAACGCACCCCUAGGCUACGAGUGUACGAGUCGUAAGUCGUAAUUAAGUUACGACGGGAUGACCGUUUUUACUCUCAGAUCAUCGGAUUAGGUCUUUACUCGUGUGAAACCAUGUCGCAUUCAACGUCAGCUCAAAAAAUUACGAAGUCUAACGUGGACAAGGCUUUGAAAUAUAUUAAUAACAUGGAAAGAAAAAAAGAAGAAAAAAUUACAAAGAAAAACUUUUGCAAAAAGUUUGAAAAAUAUAAAAAUAAUAGAACGGCAGUUGGAUUCUCAAAGAGUUGGUUAUUAUCAGAGAUGCGGUCUUGUAUUGCCCAUCAAUAUUGGAACCAUUUGUUAGAUUUAUUUCCCCAACUUGUUGAAUAUCCUGUCGAAUUGGAACCUGUAAUAUGGAGAUAUGCAUUGGUAAUUUUGCUGCAUGCCAACGAUCCAUCGCAUCUCCAGCAAUUUUUCAAACAAUGCAUUGGAAAUCAAAGUUCAAGUAAUAGCGCUUUGUUAGAAAGGUUAUUGUUAUUACCUUUAAAGGAUAAUUAAUAAAGUAUUUACAUUGUGACGUCAUAAUUGAAUUUCAAUUAAUAAACAUUGUAUUUCACACUAUGUAUAUAUUUACUAUGAUUUAAAACAUUUUUUAAACUUUAUUUAAAGAUAUCUUUUUUAAGUUAUGUAAUUUACUAUGUAACCUAUUAUGUAAACUACUGUAUAUAAAUUUAUUUAUUCAAAUUA